AUGAAGGGUGCUGAUAAAAAAAUAUUGGAAGUGAAAUGUAAGGAUGCAUGGAAUGGUAUGAGCAUGGAGGAGAAGGGUCCAUAUUAUAAGGAUAAAAGAUUGCGUGAUUUGGAGUUCAAAAACCGUGGAGGCUUAGCAGUGAACAAAAAUAAGACGAAGGUUGAAUACAAGGUUAAACCUAGGUGGAACAAAUGCUCGAUCUCCAAAUUCAUUAACACAAUAUCUAAACUUGGAGAAGAAAAGAGGAAAGAUGUGGCAGAUAUAGGUUUCGGCAAUUUGCUGAACCUACAAUGUCAGCAUUUCUUUACCACAUUCUUUGAUUACAUCAUUGGGCAUUUGGAGAUACAGAAAUGGCGCAUCAAACUUGAAGAUAAUCAAUAUCUCCCAAUUAAUGCAAUUGAUGUCCACAACAUCCUUGGUUUACUUGCUGGAAUCACGGAUGUGCCUACAUGUCAACUUAUUAAAGCCAAUUGGAUAAGUGAAGAUGGAUAUCGAAGUGGGUUGAAUGUAAAUGCUCUGAUGGAAAAGGUAGAACAAUCUGAGUCUGGCGAAGAUUUCAAAAGAGCCUUUGUGAUUUUUGCAUGUGCCGCUUUUUUAACACCUAAUGGACAUUACAGUGCACAUGUAAAAGAAUUAAAGGCUGUUCAUAAUGUGAAUGAAAUUAAGUCUUACAACUGGUGUACAUAUGUGCUUGAAACUUUAAUGGCUCAUUUGGGUGAAUUUGAAGAAGGUGGGAAAAUAAAGCACGAGUAA